AGGAACUCGAGAAACGGCUCGAAGGCUUCUGGGGUGAGGUCGAUCGUUGCUGGGUGUUGACUUGGUAGAGCGAGAAAUAUGGUAUAUAAACCUCGAACUCGCCCUGCUGUUGUAAAUCAUUCAACUCGACCACCAUCACUCUUCGACAACAUCACACUUCCACUACUAGAACUAUCUUUUCCCAUCCCCUUCUCACAUCAAAAUGAAGACCUCAGUACUCAGCGCUGCCUUCUUGGCCUCCAUUGCCACUGCUGCUCCUGCCCUUGUCAAGCGUCAGAGCACUGACAUCGAUGGUGUCAUCCUCAACUACGCCCUGACUCUCGAGCACCUCGAGGCAGCCUUCUACGCCCAGGGUAUCGCCAAGUUCUCCGAGCAGGACUUCGCUGCCGCUGGCUUCAACGGCUCUCAGUUCUACAGAAACCUCAAGGAGGUCGGUCGUGAUGAGCAGGUCCAUGUUGACUUCUUGACCACCGCUCUCAAGGGUGCUGGUGUUACUCCCGUUGAUGCCUGCACAUACGACUUCGGCAACCUCACCCCUGCCACUUUCAUUGCCACUGCUCAGAUCCUCGAGGGUGUCGGUGUGAGCGCCUACCUUGGUGCUGCUGCCCUCAUCACCAACAAGGCAUACUUGACCGCCGCUGGCAGCAUCUUGACCGUCGAGGCCCGUCACAGCUCUUUCGUCCGCAACAGCUUGACUCUCGAGCCCUCGCCUCAGCCUUUCGAUAUUCCCCUCGACUUCAACCAGGUCUACUCGCUCGCAGCUCCCUUCAUCAAGGCCUGCCCUGCAACCAACCCUGCCCUUCCCGUCAAGGCUUUCCCCACAUUGACCGCUGGUGCCAACACUCCCUCUCCUCUUGUCCAGGGUACUACCAUUGAGUUCGACCUUGCUGCUGGCAUGGCCGUCCCUGCUGGCCCUCUCUACGUCGCCUUCCCUCUGGCUGACGGAGCCAUGUUCUCCUCUGCUGUCGUCAAGGACUGCAAGGUCUACGCAAGAAUCCCCGUUGGCCACACUGGCCCCAACGGUGAGGUCUACGCCAUCCUCACCACCAGCAACACCACCAUCACCGACGACACCACUGUUGCCGGACCCGCUGUCCUUGAGGUCGCACCUUUCAUGGCUGCUUAAAUGCAUCAUCAUUUCCGGAUGAACCUCCCUCGAAGAUUGUAACAGAUCUUCCCCAUUUCGUAUUCUCUCUCACACAUAUUUAAUGUUUUAUCAUAUUGUCUGUACAUAUCCAUUAUGCGAACUAUUUC